AUUUCGAGCUCAUCUUGAUGGUGAGUUUGUGAGGUUUGUGCCGCAGUAUCUACUAAGUCAGUCUUGAUCACACUGUUUCGCCAUUAGUAGGAUUUGGUUAUGUAUACUUUAGAAAAGAUCUUUCCCCCACUCCCUCGAGUAGUUAGGGGCAAAUCACUCAUUUUCGAUGCAGAUCCCAAAGGCAAAAAGCUUAUAUAUGUCACUGGGAACAGUGUCGUUAUUCGUUCAAUUGAGGUUGUUUGGUUCUACUCUAUUAUUUGCUUUAGAAUCCUGCUGAUAAUGAUAUGUACACUCAGCACUCAGUAGCAGUAAAUGUUGCAAAAUAUUCACCCAGUGGAUUUUAUAUAGCUUCAGCAGAUAAUAACGGAAAAGUACGAAUAUGGGAUACUAUCAACGAGGAGCACGUGCUAAAACAUGAAUACCAACCAUUCAUGGGUCCUAUAAAUGAUUUGGCCUGGACUUCGGAUAACGCUCGUAUGCUUGUUGGUGGCAGCGGUGCUUCAAAGUUCGGAGCAGUAUUCAUGGUUGAAACAGGAACGUCUGUGGGUACAGUUACAGGCAUAAGCAAAAGUAUCAACUCCGUCGAUUUCCGACCUGUUCGACCCUACCGUGCAAUUACUGGAAACGAUGAGGGAUUAGUGACUUUCCUUGAGGGCCCUCCAUUUUCACUCAAAAACUCUUUUCAAAAUCAUAAAGGUUUUGUCAAUGUGGUUCGGUACUCGUUAAAUGGAUCAUUUUUUGUUUCCGGUGGGACAGAUGGGAAGAUAUGCCUUCACGAUGGUGAAAGUGGUGAGAAACUAUCUGAAGUUGGAAGUCCAGCUCAUGAAGGAGGAGUCUAUGCUAUUUCAUUCUCACGGCAAAGUCCUCUGUGUGUUUCCGCUUCUGCAGACAAGUCUAUCAAAUUGUGGAGUGUUGAAGCUAAAAAUCUUUCUUAUCUUUCAAAGUAUUCAUUUGAAAACGUUUUAAUGAAUAUGCUACUCGGUUGUACAUGGGUAGGCAAUAAAGUUGCUGCCGUAUCUUUAGGUGGUUCGAUUCAUGUAUUUGAUGUUCCACCUGGAUCAAAGUCUCUCUCUCCACCAAAAUUUUCUAUACAUGGGCAUAAACUUCAUAUAACCUGCGCAAGGUUUAGCACGCUUAAUAACCGUCUGAUUACUGCAAGUUCUGACGGGUCAAUGGCAUCUUGGGAUAUAUCAACUGGUCUAGCUGAAAUGUUUUCUGGUACAGAAGCUCAUACUUCACAAGUACAAUCAAUAUCGCUUUUGGGAAAAUAUGUGAUCACUGUUGGUAUCGAUGAUCGAUGUGUUGUCAGUUCUAUAAGUGAACUAAAACAUAUGAUAUCUACAAAGCUUCCAUCUCAACCUCGUUGUGUACAAUCCGUGGAAUCAAAAUGUUUAUUAAUCAUUGUUUCAUGUAUUGAACAUAUGGUUUUAUUGGAGCUUAAAAAUAAUUCAUUAGUACUGUUAGAUCAGCUAGACGUUUCGCUAGGAAUAUCUACAAUGAGUAUUUCAAAAAAGUUGUCAUUAAUUGUUGUUGGAUCACAGAAUCUAGGUAAUACAUCGUUUCAUAUAUCAUCAAACCAAAAGUUAAAACGAUUAAGUCUUAUCAAUGGGUCCGAUGUAACCCCGGAAGUGGUCAAUUUUUCACCUAAUGAUGAAACACUAGCUUGUGCAAACCCAGAUCAUUCAAUAAAUUUGUUCUCCGUGACUUAUGAAGGAAAUCAAAAUGACCUCCCAACUCUUAAAUCUGCUCUUUCUGAAUGGUGGCUCAGACACUCAGCUAGAAUAACCUGUAUCAGUUGGAGUCCAAAUGGUCGUCGCUUGGCCACUGGAAGUAUUGAUAGUUCUAUUGUUAUUUGGUCAUUAGAUGAACCAAGCAAACAGGUGGCUUUGAAAGGUAAGUGAUUUCAUGUCAAAUUUAUCUUCCAUCAAAAGACACUGGUCGGAAUUGAAUUAAAUGAUUUGUAGAGUUGUGAUCAGGUAUUCCAUAUUUUGGGAAAAUCACAACUAUUUUACCUUGAUAAUUGGUAUCUUAGAACAUUAAAUAUUUGUAAAGUUGAUUAUUUUACAUGGUUGAUACACUAAUUCUGUAAAAAACCAUUCGGCAAAUUAUUGAUGAGCUGUAUGAUUGUAUUUAGUAUGUUUAUGAGGAAUAUUUACGGCGAUAGUAGGUUAGUUUUACUAUCGUAAAGAAAUAUGUUUUUUUUGAGAUGUUAUUCGAUCGUGAUAAAAUUCUAAUCGAUUGGUUUUUCUGCUUGAUGUAAUAUCUUCUAGUCUUUAUAUCUUAAUCAUUCAGUUGUCGUACAAAUACACAGUAGGAGGUUGAAUUUUUAGUGAUGGUUUAACUAUUUAAGUGCCUAUUUGUGAAUCAGUCGGUCAACUACAACGUAGGACCAGGCACACAUAUACAUCGGUUCAAGUUGCCAUACCUCAUUAGCACAGCAAGAUGAACACCAAAUUCAUAGAUGUAGUUAAUUUAAUGGUUGUAGUAGGAAUUAAUAUCUUAGAAUUUAUCAUCUGCUCAGUCUACCUCAUUAAAUCGACACAAAGUCUGGUUCGCAGCUACAGCUAGGAGACUUUAUUUUUUAAUAUUAUUAGUUUUAUUCAAUAUCAUAUUUUUGGUACAAUAUGAAAUUCUCAGCACAAAGUAUUUCAACAAGUUUUCGUUUCUUACUUCUUGGUCGACCCUGAGGACGAAUGUUGGGUGGUCACCAGCUAGAAAUUAGCAGCUCAGGAGUCGACAUCUGAAUAGUAUACAUUCUUUUCAUUGCAGAUUGUCAAUACCCACGAUGUCCAGAUUGGGAUUUUUUGCAACUUUUACAGCGGAAAGUUGUAAACUUUUAAUAAACGCUCCUUAAUAGGUUGUGCGAUUAAUAAACAUUAUGAUGUGUUAAAUCAAGUAAAACAGAUAACUUGUUGAAAUAUCUAGAGGGCAGAAACAGGUAGCUAACAGGUUCAAGCAGGCCGCCAAAAAUUCAUCCGUUUCUAUGAUAAUACACUUAGUACUACAACUGAUAAUUAAUACAGCUAUCCCAGGAAAAAGCAUACACAUUAGUGUAUUAGCGUAACGUCGAGUGAUUAUAAUGGUAAUAUUUAUAUUUUCAGAAUAAGCUUAAAACUGGCACUUCACUGGCUGAAUUAUGAAGCAUGACAAACAGGUGUAUUUAAUAUUUUCUAUGGAUUGAUGAAGUCGUCUACAUGAUUGUUUCUUUUUAUUUUAAGCGGCUCAUCCUAUGAGUAAUAGCACUGGAUUAUGUUGGGUCAGUGACGAUCGCUUGUUAAGUUCAGCACACGAUGGAAGCAUUCGUAUAUGGCGUGUGUAGAAAAAAGUGCAGUCCGUAUUCUAGCAGUCUCUUGAAAUGGUGUUUCCCAGAAUAUUUGUUUGCAAUUUGAUUCAUUUACUUGCUUCUCGUUUUUAAUACUUAUGUAAUAUAAGGUGUUUUGGGUUUCACUUUUCUUCUUGAAUACAUGUAUACCAGUAUCUUAUUUCUAUUGGGUCAGUUUCUCAACAAAAAAAUUAAAAUCUUUUUUAGUCUA